CUGGGACGGACUGACGACGAUGACCGGUGCUUUGGAUCAAGACGCCAAUUUCCCAGUCGGGACCACGUCCGUUGUUCGCCUUGUUGUGGUCCGACAUGGCCAUUCGUCGAGAGGCGCGCGGACCGUUCAUCGGAGGGCUCCGAUGGGAGAUCCUGAUCGAUUGCACCCACGGUCACGAGUAUAUCCGCCAGGGUCACUGACAGCGGCUCCCAAAGACCAAAAGUACCACGAGCCGGUCACGAGAGCGAGUCUGGUCAAUCUUGGGGUUCUGCCAAAUCCAUCGCGUGUGAGUGGAUGGCUGGUGUUCUGCGGUGCUGCGUCGCCAGUUCCUGCUGGGCGGGAGGUUCUCUUCUCCCGACCGACCGAGGAUGGAGCAAAUCGGCACGGGCUUCCGGGCGCUUCGUCAACGCUUCCCACAUAUUCCCACUCGCCAACUGCGCGAUUCACAGCCUUGUGGUUGGCGCCAAGCGGCGUCUGUCUGGGGAAAGCAGCAGGGACUGGGAGACUCGGGAUCUAUGACGAUGAUGACCUGGGGGAAGCGAUGAUAAUAUCGCACAGCCCCCCUUGCGGCCAGGGUGAGGUUGAUGAUGACUCGACUAGUGUGCAAGGCCACUGCCAUUAAUGCAGGUGUAAAAUGCCUCAUGCCGGUGCUAAAUACAUCGCUCAAUCCCCCCCGCGGGAUAUUAACCGGAGAGAAGGUUCAACAAGUGAGGCGACUGCGGGAUAUUCUCCAGAUUAUCUCUCAUUGCCUACCGCGAGGUUGACAUUCUACAGAAUCGGAUGACAGAAGCAUCAACACCACAACGCCCGCAUUUGGUUUAGCCUGUUUUGCUACACCGCCUACGGAUAUGAUGUGUGGACACUUACUAUGAGAACCUAACAGAUCUACAGACAACCCCCCAAACUCAAAUCGAGGAUACACGUAUACUGGAAUACGUCUAAUAGACAGCACGGAUGCCCCAUGACAAUGGAGUGAAGGUGUAAAUCUCUUGCUUAUAAGGCUUUGAUGAAAAGUAAUGAAUGAAGG